UCUCGUAACAUUUGUCCACGUCUAUGCCUCUUUCAACAUGGCCGCCCCCAGUAACGAUGGCACGAUGUCCACUGUCAAACACCCGAAAACUGCGAAUUUUGCGGACCUCAAACUUAACAAGUGGAUAAUCGACCAGCUCGAGACAUUAGGUAUCAGCAAACCUUCACCAAUCCAGGAGAACUGCAUUCCUGUCAUUUUGAGCGGGAAGGACUGCAUAGGAUGCGCAAAAACUGGCAGCGGAAAAACGCUUGCCUUUGCGCUGCCAAUUCUUCAAAAGCUUUUCGAAGAUCCGUACGGGAUCUUCGCACUUGUUCUGACUCCUACUCGUGAACUAGCAUUCCAGAUCUGCGACCAAUUCAAGGUUGUCGGCAAAUCAGUUGGCUUGAAGGAAUGUGUCAUUGUCGGAGGCAUGGACAUGGUGACGCAGGGACAGAUUCUGGCCGAGAGUCCCCAUGUUGUUGUGGCCACACCAGGCCGAUUAGCUGACCACCUGGAAAGCUGCAACACGUUCACUCUCAAGAGAAUUCGUUUCCUGGUGUUGGAUGAAGCAGACAGGCUGCUUGAAGGUCAUUUCAAUGAACAGCUUAGGACCAUAUUUGCUGCACUGCCCAAGAAAAGGCAAACAUUGUUGUUCAGCGCCACCAUUACAGCCACCUUAGAAGAACUUCGCAAUGUUGCCAUGACAGAUCCUUUCUUCUACACGGCUCCCUCUGACGUGGUGACAGUCGAAGAACUUGACCAGCGUUAUGUCCUGAUGCCAGUUUCUGUACGAGAAGCUUACCUGGUGCACAUUCUGAAGAGGUUUCUCGACUCCAUGCCUAAGGGCUCCGUCAUUAUCUUCACAGGCACUUGCAAAGGGUGCCAGGUACUUUCAAUCGCCUUGAAGUCUCUCGGCUUUCCAAAUGCACCCCUGCAUUCUCAGAUGCCACAGAGAGAACGGCUUGCUUCACUGAACACAUUCAAGUCGAAUACAACUCGUGUGCUUGUAGCCACCGAUGUUGCCAGCAGAGGUUUGGACAUUCCAUCUGUGGAACUGGUGCUCAACCACAAUGUGCCUUCAGCGCCUAAGGACUAUGUGCAUCGUGUGGGUCGUACAGCACGUGCUGGCCGUGGGGGAAAGGCCAUCACUCUCGUAACUCAGCACGAUGUUCGCCUUGUGGAAGCCAUCGAGGCACUUAUCAAGACUAAGCUUGCCCUUCAGCCUACAAAGGAAUCGGAAGUACUGAAAAUACUGACACAAGUGUCGGUGGCCCUGCGAGAGGCCGAGAUUCGCCUGGACGAGCAGGACUUUGAGGAACGCAAGUUGAUCAACUGGCGAAAAAAGCUCCUUCUACAGGGUCUCGAUCCCGAUGAAGUGGAGGCCAAGAAGCACAAAAAGCAACAGCAGCGACUCCUCCGAAGGAAACGAGAAGGAAAAAGACUAGCACAGGCAAAAGGAGCCCACAGGAAGGAGUCUGUAGAGACGUGAAUGCAAUAAAAAUGAAUUAUAUUUGUUGUAAAUAAAAAAAUACAGAUGAC